ACCUGGAGCUCAUUAAUAACCAGCAGACAGACUGAAAUCACAAAGAUUUACUAACAAGAUACAUCAUGAUAAUGGAUUUAGAAACUUUUGGACCAUUGGACAGGUGCCAACGCAUUGACGUUGACCGAGUCCUGGGACAACAUUUACGGAUCAAAAGAUUUAAUAACUUUUCAAACCUAUGCCUCGAUUGAAGCCCUUGCAAAAGGAAAUCGAAAAAUCGUCUGAAGAAAUUUCACAGCGUGAGGAGUUUCCCAGCCUCUCCAAACAACCCAGUCACACGAUCUACCUAACGGAGAGCGAUUGAAAUCCAUCGUUGUCAGAAAUAUUUCACGUGAAAUCCCUUCCAAUCAGGUGAUAGUCAUGAAUUUUAAUUAACUCUCUAGGAGAACGCACUUUUCAUAUUUUAUUUGCUUCGGGAUUUUCACAACAGGAGUUGCAUUGAAACAUCAGGAAGUCAUUGUUAAACAGGGCUGAAGCUUCUGCCGGUGAAAGGUACAAGGUCACGCUCUUCUCUAACAAUUAUUAAACGUAUCAGAAAAUUACAAGUCCAACAACUGAUCAAGAUUCAAAUACGUAAAGGUUUGACAGGGAAACAAUGAGUCCGUCAACCGGAGUUCCGAGUACGACUUCAAUAAAAAUUAACAGCGAUAGAGAAUUCCAUCUGGAUGCAGACAUCCUCAUUUCGUAUGGGGUCGUUAUGGGUUUAAUCUUGGCAGUCGGCUUGGUGGGCAAUGUUCUGACAAUCCUUGUCUUACGCUGUCCUGAACACAGAAGGAAAAACAUCACUCCACUCAUGAUAAACUUGGCAGUCGCUGACAUCAUUAUAAUUGUCUUUGGCUAUCCUGUGGUCGUCUCAAGUAACUUUGCUUCCUCCGGCCUCAACCUUCGUGAAAGUCGGCCGCUUUGCAUAUGGUCGGGAUUUAUCAAUGGCGCCACUGGCAUCGCUUCCAUCGCCAAUCUGACCAUGAUGAGUUUGGUGAUGUUUCACGGUGUUAGUUCAGUGACUAAGACGACAAAAAUCUCCACAAUCAAAAUGGCGGCCAUUAUCACGUUCACGUGGGUGUAUGGAGUGACGUCCAUGAUUCCGCCGUUAGUGGGUUGGAACGAAUUCGUUCCAGGUGCCUCCGGUAUCAGCUGCUGUCCUAAUUGGGUUCCGGAAACGAAGGCUGGAGUGGCGUACAAUAUGUUUCUGGUUUUUGUCGGCUUCGUGCUGCCACUGAGUGUCAUUAUUUUCUGUUACUAUCGAAUCUACAGCUUCAUUCGCACUCAACAACCCACCUCAGGCAAUGCCUCAGUGGAAGCCAGUCGAAGAAAGUCUCAGAUUAGAAUGGUGCGCACGAUUGCGAUGUCAAUUGCCGCCUUCGUGUUGAGCUGGUCGCCAUAUUGCUUGGUUAGCAUCAUUGCCACCAUCCGGGGUACGAAUUCGCUGACACCUUCAGAGGCAGAGGUCCCGGAUUUACUCGCCAAAGCCUCUGUUAUCUUCAACCCCAUAGUGUACACGGUGAUGAAUGACAGAUUCCGAGCUACUCUGCUGCGCAUCAUCCCCUGCGGCAGCCUUUUCUCAAGGGAGGUCAAUCCGGCGUCAAAUUCCGUUUCCAGGUCAGUCGGGUCCAUUGUCGACAAUGCCAGUUCUUCUUUUGAUAAAAGAAGAUCCCAGAGGUACCAGAACGACCAGAACGACGUUUGAAGUAGUCUACAGUGUCCUGCAUUGCGGCAAACAAGAACUUUUACCAAGUAUUACGGCCUAGAGGAUGAAUUAAAUAGUGAAAAAAAAAAAUCCUCUCAGACAGUCUUGAGUGCAGUAGAAGUUACAAUGAUGUAGACUGUGCAUUAAGUUAGUCCGCAAACUUCCAGUUCCUGCGAUCAGGCUGACAAAUUUGAACCGAAUUGUUGACAAAGGAGAUUAAAUCUCUGGAGAUCUACUACUGGUAUCUGAUAAUUAAAUAAAAUUAAGGGAAGCGUGGUUAAAGUAGAACUUUAACGAAACCAAAGUAAAGAAACAAUCUUACAAAGAGGAAUAAACGAGAAUUUGUUAAAAAUGCUAGUUAAAGUAUGCAAUUGGAAUCCAUUUCGAAUUAUUACCAUUCCAUUUACUUGUAUGGCUGACAGUAAAAUGAGGUUAUUCUGCACGAUAAACUUUGGACGCAUUCUAAGCAUAACUUAGCAGAAUUAGAAAGUUAGAAACAAAAAAAAGUCACGACAAGCUACCGAAGGUGCUUUUUUCUCUUAAAUUUAAUUGGUGCACUUGAAAAUAUUUUAAUUUCAAGAAUUCUAAGUCAUAUAUCAAUAAAAUGACAUGUUUGUGUGGACAUUUUUUUAAUGCGUGUAAUUGUUAACAAUAAAUCGGGUUAGUUCUUGCGAAAGAUCAUUUGAAUGUAUUUACGUAUCCAUAAAGGUAGACAUAAAAUAUCUUGUUAACGUC